ACGGGGGAUGCUAAGAGAGCUAACUUGGCAACCCCAGCUGCCGGUUGUUUGUUCAGGAGUAGAGAGGAAGAUGGUGGACUUGGUAACAACAGCGUGCUCAGAACUCCGUCCCAAACAAUUUAGAAAAUGCUUAAUAUCUCAACCUGGAAUUAGAUAUAGAUUACCGGGGGACAAUCAUAGAUAAUACAUUGUGAAAACCGUUGAAUACAGUGACUUUUUCGCCACCGAACAACUCUUUAUUCCAAGAUUAAAGAAAGCGGGGAGUUGCUGACCCACCAGGGGGUUGCUGCUCGUAAAGGACGCUAAUCAACGUUAGCCGAAGUGUCAACAAAAGUGUGAGAGAAGGUGUAAUUUACCCAGCUGUCAAGAUAAACCACGGAUACCAUUCAGCCCUCUGCUGCUGCUGCCUAGACACCAACUGUCAAAUCUGUGAGGAGCGGACUUAACACGUUACCUGACAGUUGGGCUGAAAGUAGGCUAACUUUAGCUAGCUAACCUCAGCUAGCUUUGUUGUGAACUGUGGAUCAAAGCGGUACUCAAAAUGCCACGGAGUAAAAAGGGGAAACGUGGCUCCAGCAAGCCGGGCUCUCUACGUCAGGAGGUUCUGCAGCUGUCGGCUAAAGCCUCACUGAAAGGUAUUAAAAAUGGGGUGAAAGGCGAGUCAGGGGCCAGUGAUGAUGAGCUGACGUCUGAUAUUCUCAGCCACUGUAGCAGUGCCAGUGAAAGUACCUCUGUGCUGGAAGAGGGCACAGGAGGGGAGCAGGUGGAUGAGCAGACUGCCCAGGAGGAAACGGAAGAUAAACUCAAGCAGUGUAUAGACAACCUAAUGGAUAAGAGCACUAAGACGCGUCUAGCAGGUCUCGAGUCGUUGCGACAGGCCUUCUGCUCCAGAGUGCUCUACGACUUCCUGACAGAGAGACGCCUCACUAUCAGCGACUGCCUGGAAAGAAGCCUUAAAAAAGGCAGCGUGGAGGAGCAGGCAGCAGCGGCCACAGUCUUCACCCUGCUCUGUAUCCAGCUGGGGGGUGGAGACGAGGCAGAGGAGGGCUUCAAGUUGCUUCGCCCCAUCUUCACCGCCAUUCUGAUUGACAACAGUGCCAGCAUAGCAGCCCGCCAGAGUUGUGCCAGAGCUUUGGGGCUGUGCUGUUAUGUCUCUACCGCUGAAGAAGGAGAGGACUUGAUCAAGUCUUUGGCGCUUCUGGAGAGCGUGUUCAUGUCUUCCUACCCCAACAGAGACGGAACGCUGCCCACACCCAAACCUGGCAGUCCAGGCCUCCACAGCGCCGCCCUGCAGGCCUGGUCGCUGCUGGUCACCCUCUGUCCUACAUCUAGACUGACUGUGCUGCUUGACCUUCACCUCCCCAAACUGCAGGCGUGUCUGCAGAGCAGUGACGUCAACUACAGGAUAGCAGUGGGAGAGACCAUCGCCCUGCUGGUGGAGCUGGGACGAGAUAUAGACGAGGAAUUUGAAGUGGAGGACAAUGAAGGUCUGUCUCAAUGUCUAAAGAGUUUAGCCACAGAUGGCAACAAGCACCGAGCCAAGAAUGACCGGCGGAAACAGCGCUCCAUUUUCAGAGAGGUGCUACAUUACAUAGAGAACGAGGACUUCACCGAGGAGAAGAUCCGGUUUGGAAUGGAGAGCGUCUACAUCGACAGCUGGAUGAGGAGAAGAAUCUACGAUGCCUUCAAAGAGAUCCUGGAGUCCGGAGUCAGACACCAUCUACAGUUCAACCCACUACUGAGAGACAUCUUUGGCCUCGGCCCUCCACUCAUCCUGGAUGCUACUGUCAAAGGCAACAAGAUCUCUCGAUUUGAGAAGCAUCUUUUCAACUCUGCUGCCUUUAAGGCCAGGACUAAACAGAGGAACAAAGUCCGGGACAAACGGGCUGAUGUCAUGUGAGAGAAUGACGGGGAUGGAGUGAAUGCAUGAGUAUACAAGGAACUCCUUGGGCUGUAUUGAGAUGGAUACAAAAUGAUGCCUUCAGCGUUUCAGCUGUCCGAUGCACAAGACUCAACAAACUCUAAACAGGGCUUUUUUCCUUUGUGCACUUCACCUGGAAAAACUAUUAGUCCAGAUUCAAGAUGCCCAACAAUUAUAAAAUUUGGCCCCCACAGGAAAAGGCAAUUUACUGUUCCUCCUCGCAGGUAUUUGCUUUUAUCAGUGAAUUGCAGCAAUUGCUCACGGUAUUACAAAUGCCUGCUCUGAGGCUUCAUAGUGGAUAUGAACUGUAAAACAAUGCUAAACCUUUUUUUACGUGGGAUUGAAACAACUUCAUUGUACAGGAGAGUAAAAGAAAUGCGAUCUUCAGAUACCAAAAUUAUCUUUUUUAUUAAUUUUAUCAAUAGAAAUACAGAGAAAGUAAUAGUAUUAAGUGUCAUGGUAAGACUCCCAACAUCUUGAAGCUUUAUGGUACAUUUGAGAUCUGUGGAAGCCGUCCAUGUUACGGUCACUGAAACCCUCUUUGGUGCUGAUGGGUAUUGUUUCUGAUACUCAGCUUGAACUGCUGCCUGGUGGCUUGACAGAUCAGUCAAGUCUUUUUUUAAAUCCUAAUUAUUGACUUCAGUUUCCACAUAAAGCUGCUUUUCCUGGACAUAAUCAGUCCCGGUUAGUCUCUGAAGUUUAAUGUUAGAUCAACUUCUGUAACACAAAGCCAAAAAGAGCCACAUCAAUAUUCCAGAAAAACUCUUCUCCACUCUGAGCUAAAUAGUCCUCGUUAUUCCCUCGUCAUCUGUUUUUUCACCCAGAGUGGCUACUUCCAACUGCCAAACCAGAAACUGACUUUACAAACAAUGCAACCUAAAAGAAAAUGUGUGUGGUGUUUUUGUGAGAGUGUUUUUAAUUGAAUUUUAGUUAACAUCAUGAAAUAAAACGCAUAAACAAGAAGAUGCCUAAUUUUAAAAAUCAAAUUAAAGAGGUAAUAUUGUCAUCUUUGUAUUACUAUGUUUUUGAAAGGAAAAAUAUGUUUUAACCAUUUCUGGUGGAUAAUUGUAUUUUACCUUCUAAUUUAUUAAAAGAACAGUACUGUGUGAUUUUUAGGAAACUUAAAAAUGCUAAGAACUGUUUACAGACACAAUGAUGGGAUACCGAUAACAAGAAGAAUUUCUAUUUUUAUUUUUUUUUCAUGUAUAUUUUUAACUUCGGGUUGGUGGGUCAUACAAUCUAUCCAUUUGCAUGUACUGCAGAUAGACUGUACAUAGGGAUUUAUGGUAAGCUGUGUACUUGAAUCAUGAGAUGCAUUUAAAGGAUUUUCCCUCUGAUGAGCAGUGAAUACAUACAGGCCACUAACCAGAGCUGCUGAUCAGAAGCUUGCUGGUGUUGUUGUAAUGGUCAGGUGUUAUUGAUUAUAUUAAAUUUAAAAAGCACAUUUCACAGUUGCCUGGGAAUUUCAAUACCUUAGUGAAAACCUGUCAUCAACUUUCACAGUUUCUAUUGUUGAACCAGGUUUGAACCCCUUGCAUGAAGUGCAGCAACUGGCCUGUCUUAUUACAGCUUUGCUAAACUGUCUCAUCAGCGGUUCUGGUGUUAUGGCACAGGGACAGAAGAUGGAUCAAAUGAAAUAAAGAUUGUUUAAGCGU